GCUCGCAUCUACAACGGGAGGCUGAAGGUGCAGCGCCUCUGCUCAGAGAUGGAGGAGCUGGCAGAGCAUGGUAUUUUCUUGCCUCAUAACAUGCAAGGACUGACGGAUGAGCAAAUCGAAGAACUGAAGUUAAAGGAUGAGUGGGCAGAAAAGUGUGUACCAAGUGGUGGAAGUGUCUUCAAGAAGGAUGAAAUUGGGCGAAGAAAUGGACAUGCUCCAAAUGAAAAAAUGCAGCAAGUUAUAAAGAAGACAAUAGAGGAAGCCAAGGCAUUAAUCUCGAAGAAACAAGUUCAGGCCAAUGUGUGUGUUAAUAUGGAGAUGGUGAAAGAUGCAUUGGACCAGCUCCGAGGGGCCGUGAUGAUUGUGUAUCCAAUGGGAUUGCCUCCACAUGAUCCAGUUAGGAUGGAGUUUGAAGAUAAAGAAGACUUGUCGGGAACUCAUGCUGGACUUGAAGUUAUAGAAGAAUCAGAAGCACAAUUAUGGUGGGCAGGAAAGGAGUUGAAAGAAACAAAGUUGCUCUGUGACUACGUAGGCAAAAAUGAGAAAACCACCAUCAUUGUCAAGAUUCAGAAAAAAGGACAAGGAGCUCCAGGGCGUGAACCUCUGAUUAGUCAUGAAGAGCAAAAACAGAUGAUGCUGUAUUACUACAGAAAGCAGGAAGAACUUAAGAAACUAGAAGAGGAUGACGACGACUCAUUUCUAAAUGCUGAGUGGGCAGACAACCAUGCUUUGAAAAGGCAAUUUCAUGGUGUAAAAGACAUCAAAUGGGGUCCAAGAUGAAGCUCUGCAAACACUUUUUUGCCUCUUUAAGCUGUUUGGUUGAUACGCCUGUUUGCAACGAGGAGCUGUGUUGUUGUGUGCGGUAGGUUCUUCUGACAAAAGCUGAAAUUGUCACUUCCGUAGCAGGUGUCUGUUUCGGCCUUAGGUUUUCAAUAAAUGUUUACAUUUUUGGGUAACUGUAGCAGCACUUGUCUCUGCAAAGAAUUAAAUCAAUCCUGUUGAAGUUUGUUAUUUUUAUUCGAAACUUGUAAUUUGAAGAGUGAAAUAUUAAACUAUUUCAUAGCUAAUAUAUCUAGGAAAUAUGCACUAGAAUGUU